AUUGGCAAUCUACCUGUUUACGAGGCCCCCGAUAACAUUGAUAAAAGGCGAAUGCUCAUUGCUGUCCAUGACAUUUUUGGAUUUUCAAGCUCUAAUAUGAAACAAAUUACUGACCACAUGGCCGUUCAAGCUGGUGGUUUUAGAGUCGCUUUGCCCGAUUUCUUUCGUGGCGAUCAUUGGGACAUAAAUGUGCCCAUAACUCCGAUAGAACGUGCCGCUUUCAUACAACGCGUUGGGGAUUGGGAAACAAUCGUGAAGCCGGAUUUGAUUAACACAGUGAGGUAUUAUCAAAGUCAGGGCGUGCAAGAGUUUGCGAUAUUCGGUAUGUGCUGGGGAGGACGAACUGGUACAGACGCUGCCAUGGAACUCUCUGAUUAUUUCAAGGCGAGCGCUAUUGUUCACCCGUCUUUAGUUUCGAAUGACGAAGCAUAUUCGGUCAGGAUGCCAAUGUAUUUGAUGCCGUCGCGUGAUCAACCGGAUAUGUUGCCUUUCUACCAAGUGUUACGAAAUAAUUUUGGUGAUAACAGCGGCCACAGACGAUUCGAUGACAUGUUCCAUGGAUUCGCGAGUACCCGUGGCAAUUUCAGUGAUCCCCUGAAUCAAAUGCAUGUGAACGAAAUCAUAAGAACUCUUGGAGUUUUCUUCGAACGAAUUCUAAUCGACACAGUCUAAGUCUAUGUCAAUGGAGAUCUCGGAAAGCCGAAAAAACUGCUUGCAUUUUUUAUCUCAUUUUUGUUUUAUUUCGAAGAAUAAAGAGAGAAUUUAU